AUGACACUCGAUGUUACGGGCCUGCACCCCUCGCAGGCUUUUCGACUGCAUACACCCCCAGGUUCAUCCACACAAGCCGAUAUCGUCAAGGUCAAAACACGAAUUGACACCAACACUGGCCGACACAUAGUUUUGUGGAAGGACGUUAAGAGCUAUUUCAAGAACGCCAAAUGCGCAAUGAAAGCCGGAGAAAUAGUAGCGUUUCUGGCCGACGAAAACUUGGGCCGCCUAAAGCCUCGGAGGAUCGAUCAUCAUCCUGGAGUUGUGCUCGAUGUGGUUGUCGACAGUGCCAGAAAAAAUACCAUCGAUCGUGCAAGGGAGAAAGAGUCCCUCCGGCAAGCCGUAUUCACAGGGCCAGCCGCUCCCUCUUCCGCUAUGGGUAUGCCAACCAAGGCCAUUGACCUCUUGCGAUACACCUCGUCCUCGUAUGCGGCUGCUGAUGAGGCAGAAUCUGUUACACAACAAGUCACUGACCUCUCCAUAUCGGACCAGACGUCCUCGAACAAAUGUCCCGUUGUCUGUUUAACCGAGAUGACACAGCAGCUGACCAUGUCUUCCCAGGCCUGCCUCAGCCAGUACACUUUGCAGCUUCGGGACAUCCAGCGCGGUCAAAAUGACAUUGUCGCAGAAGUGCGCAAGAAUAGGUCUCUUCAAGAGCAGAUAUUCCUAUUACAGCAGCAGAUGGACGAGAAGGACAGGAUUGCGCAAAAGCAGCUGUUGGAGGCACAGCAGCAGUUACUGGAGAAUCAGGAGCAAAUUCUCCAGACGCAACAACAGGCCCUCGAUCGCUUAGCCAUCAUCCAAAGCCGUGUCCAGGCCGUCCUUACACAGACCUACGAACUCCACGAGUACCCUAUUCCACGACUCUUCAUUGUUCUUCCAAAGGCAUCAAGGCGUCGUGACAAGCUGCUCAAUCCUUUCUCGGACCAGUAUCGUCUUUAUUUCUUGUGUGAAUGCGGCUCUCACACCAUGUCCGAGGGAACCAAGAUACCGCACAAGGUCCACCUGGCCAAGCACGAAGGAUAUGACCUGAGCCGUCCGAACGAGUUCUUUAAGAAGUACGGAUUCUAUGUCCUGACAUUGAUGCAGAUGAUCAAGUAUGGGAUCACAAUUGCCGGGGUGGUUGUGCCAUCGCUGGCGCAUUUCAAGAUUGUAGAUGGAAUCGAUGCGGUCCAGGAGCAGCUCCAGUUUGUGAAAGAGAACUUUGGACAACUGGUAGACAAUACGAUCGACUUUAUUGAGGACCAGCAGCAAAAUAACAAGGAUAAUAAGGACGGGGUAUACGCGGCUGAAGGACAGACGAGGAUGGACAAACUUGAGGUCCUGGAAGGAGCAGAUCUUCGACAGCUGGAGUCGUACCUGAGAGUCCAGGAUAAGGGCCGCACUCUAGGCAAUCUGUACCGGACCGUCACUGAGGAGGGACAUGUCAAAUGGGUGUGCAUCGAUCACUUCCGUGAGAACUAUCGAGAGUCGGCAGUGCAGCAGUUGAGAGAUGUGGUGGCAGUCAACUCUGGGGCUUUCGAUGAGGAACAGAGCAGGGUCUAUAUCUUUCUGAGGUCCGCUCUCCAAGCAAAGGAGUUCUACGAGGCACUGGUCAAAGCACGAAGGGUCCAUGAGCUGACAGUAGAGCUGCAGUGGGGUAUGACAUUGGACGAUCAUCGGAAGUUCCGUUCUGCUAUCACGAAUGCGAACGUAUCUUGUCUGACAAUGAUCAUAUUCAGAAUGAAAAGGCCAGCAUUGGAUCUUAUCAACCGCUAUCGACGCUUUGAUCCGAUCAUGGGGCUCCUGUCGGACAGGCGACUCCAAGCUUUCACACUAGAAGGAUCUGAAAACUUCUUCUCUCGGACCAGCACUUCCUUUAUCAGGCCCGCUCCUCAACUUCGAACUCUGUCUAUACAACCCAUACACCUUGAAGAUACCGCGUCCCAGACAACAUUCGCCAGACUUCUUCAGAACUGUCCCAAUCUGACAAAGCUGCAGCUUGGAACAUGGGACUUGAGCACCAUCUUCGAUAUAGUUAUGCAUAAUAUCAAGCAUUUGUCAAAUCUUAAAGAGCUAGGACUAUUCCAUGGGAGAUCUUCAGAGGACCAUAUCGUCAUCGACCUCCUCAAAGGCGAGGUUCAGGGUGCGUGGGCCAAAUUAGCCAUCAUCACGUCUUUUGAACCAUCGUAUCUGCAGUUUUUUCGGAGAGGACUACUCACUCAACUGACGAUUACGAAUACCGUUAUUGAUCAAGCGAAGGGAUCACUUCCAGAGAUCAUACACAGGAAUCCAAGGCUCUUGGAAGUCAAGCUCAGUUGCCGAUGUGCGCAAUUCCUUGGGAUGCUCAACCUGAUUAUAUCGGGGAGAAAGCGAGGGAGGGCAGAUGGAUACGUCUAUGCACCAUUACGACUCGACUUUACAAACUAUUCCGACGACAUAGCCGAUGAUUGUAUCAUCUCUGCUGUACAUCUAUCGGAGCGGUCUGAUGCGCUCGACAUGUCCACCGACAUCAGACUGAGGUUUGGAUCGCGGCCUGAUCAUAACUAUCUCUCCUCGCUAAUCAACCGAUACGGAUGGUCCAUCAAGAUACUGGAUACCCUAUCUGGAGAGCUCAGCGAUGAUAUUGCUCAACAAUUGGACAAGUCAACGGAAGAGAAGGGGUCUAGGAUCACAACUCUUAUGUUGGACACAUAUGGUCUGUCUUCUGCGGGUCUGGAGUGCAUGGCUCGAGUCAUGGAUCGGUCGGGCUACCUGCAGGAGUUCCAGCUCUACGUCCGUAACCCGUUGAUUAACGAUGCAGUGGAGAGCCGACUGCUUCAUAGGCAUAGGGAGGUGUUGACUGGGUUGAGAGUGCAUGUAGCAUCGCACGAUUCACAUAUCCCAUGGCUUGCGGAAACCUUCUUGUCAAGACGUGAUGUGCGACGACUGAAAUAUCUUCAUUUCAUGUGCUUGCACAGCAAAGUCAUCUUCCCACAAGAAUACGUUCCUUGGCUCGCUGCAAUGGUCUCCUCUUCAAGCGAUCCAUUCAUCCAUGAGUCUUCCUCACCACAGAGCCUCACAAAUCCCCAGGCGCUGCCAUCGACCGAGUCUGCUGCUGAUACUUCGACAGCAUGGGAGCCAUUACAGGAGUUCAGACUGUCUGGAUUUUCACUUGAGCCGGAAGACUGGAAGACGAUUAUCGAGGCGCUUGAUUUUUCUAAACUGAGGACACUAAGACUUUCCAGGAGCAACUUUUCAAUCGAGCAGUUCAAGACUCUGGUCGAUUGCAUCUCAGACGCUGGUCCUGAUGUGCCGCUAGAACAUGUCGACUUUCGUGGAUCAGAUCUUUCUGUACAAAGGAUGCCUUCCGAGAUGCAGCAGCUACGCAAGACACUUAAUGAGAAAGCGCCCCAAAUCAGUCUUUAUAUUAAUGUUUUUAAGCAAUAA